AAAAAGCUUGAUAUCUACUCUAUUGAGAUCAGUGGAGAAAAGGAUUUGGAAAAAGCAGACAAAGGAGAUGAAAAGUACAAAGAUUUGAAAGGGAAUAAGAAAAAGAAGAACACCGAGGACCUGAAAAAAGAGUUGGACUUGGAUGAUCACAAACUCAGCAUUGAAGAACUAGAAGAUAAAUAUGGCACAAGCAUCACUAAAGGUCUUCCAAGCUCAAGAGCUGCAGAGGUUCUGGCCCGAGAUGGCCCCAAUGCACUUACUCCUCCUAAAUCUACUCCUGAAAUCAUCAAGUUUCUCAAGCAGAUGGUAGGAGGGUUUUCCAUCCUCUUGUGGAUUGGAGCUAUACUCUGCUGGAUUGCCUUCGGGAUUCAGUAUCUUCAUCAUGAUGCCGGGGCAUUUAACAAUCUCUACCUCGGAGUGGUCCUUGCACUGGUGGUUGUCCUCACUGUGUUUGCUUAUUAUCAAGAAGCUAAAAGCACAAACAUCAUGGCCAGCUUUGGUAAAAUGAUCCCACAGCGAGCCCUUGUCCUCAGAGAUGCAGAGAAAAAAGACAUUUCGGCAGAAGAACUGGUGGUGGGCGACAUUGUGGAAAUCAAAGGUGGAGACAGGAUACCAGCUGACAUCCGGAUCAUCACCAGUCAGGGCUGUAAGGUGGAUAAUUCUUCCCUCACUGGAGAGUCAGAGCCACAAUCUCGCUCCUGUGAAUACACUCAUGAAAACCCACUGGAGACCAAAAACAUUGCUUUCUAUUCCACAACCUGCUUGGAAGGAACUGCUACUGGCAUGGUCAUCAACACAGGUGACAACACCAUCAUUGGACGCAUUGCUUCGCUGGCUUCUGGUGUUGGGAAUGAGAAGACGCCUAUUGCUAUCGAGAUAGAGCACUUUGUCCAUAUUGUGGCUGCUGUCGCUAUAUCCAUAGGGGUGGUUUUCUUCAUCAUUUCCGUCUCCAUGAAGUACACUGUCAUGAAGGCCAUCAUCUUCCUCAUUGGCAUUAUUGUGGCCAAUGUGCCCGAGGGGCUGCUAGCCACAGUCACUGUAGCUUUGUCCCUAACUGCGAAGAGAAUGGCCAAGAAGAAUUGUCUGGUAAAGAACCUGGAAGCUGUUGAGACACUGGGCUCUACCUCCGUCAUCUGCUCUGACAAGACCGGGACCCUUACGCAGAACAGGAUGACAGUUGCCCACCUUUGGUUUGACAAUGAGAUCUUCUCCGCUGACACCAGUGAAAAUCAAACAACCCAGACUUUUGACCAAACAUCUGGCACAUGGACGGCGUUGUCAAGGAUUGUAGCCCUUUGCAAUCGGGCAGAAUUCAGACCAGGACAGGACAGUGAACCUAUCAUGAAGAGAAUCGUGGUUGGAGACGCCUCAGAAACAGCUCUGCUGAAGUUUUCCGAAGUUGUUAUGGGCAAUAUAAUGGACAUCCGGAAAAGAAAUAGGAAAGUGACUGAGAUUCCCUUUAAUUCUACUAACAAGUUCCAGCUUUCCAUCCACGAGACUGAGGACCCCAAUGAUAAACGCUUCCUGCUGGUGAUGAAAGGGGCACCCGAAAGGAUUCUGGAGAAGUGCAGCACCAUCAUGAUUAAUGGAAAAGAGGAGCCCUUGGAUGCAGAGAGAAAAGAGGCGUUCCAGACGGCUUACAUGGCGCUGGGAGGCAUGGGAGAGAGAGUCCUAGGCUUCUGUCACUUGUACCUGCCAGAGGAGGAAUUUCCAGACACCUAUCCAUUUGACACUGACUCCAUGAACUUCCCCACUUCCAAUCUUUGCUUUGUGGGGCUCUUGUCAAUGAUUGACCCCCCUCGAUCCACUGUGCCAGACGCUGUCAUCAAAUGUCGGAGUGCAGGGAUCAAGGUGAUCAUGGUCACUGGUGAUCAUCCAAUCACAGCCAAAGCCAUUGCCAAAAGCGUAGGCAUCAUUUCAGCCAACAGCGAGACGGUGGAAGACAUUGCCCAGCGCCUCAAAAUUCCCGUGGAGCAGGUGAACAGAAGCGAUGCCAGAGCUGCUGUAGUUAAUGGAAUGGAGCUGAAAGACAUGACUUCAGAACAGCUGGACGACAUCCUGCGCAACCACUCAGAGAUAGUCUUUGCCCGAACUUCACCCCAGCAGAAACUAAUUAUCGUGGAGGGCUGCCAAAGGCAGGACGCAGUGGUUGCCGUGACUGGAGAUGGUGUCAACGAUUCCCCAGCUCUGAAGAAAGCUGACAUAGGAAUUGCUAUGGGCAUUGCUGGCUCUGACGCAGCGAAGAAUGCAGCUGACAUGGUUUUGCUGGAUGACAAUUUUGCUUCUAUCGUUACUGGAGUGGAGGAAGGUCGUUUGAUUUUUGACAAUCUGAAGAAAACCAUCGCCUACACCUUGACCAAGAACAUUGCGGAGCUCUGUCCUUUCCUGAUUUACAUCAUGGCCAGCAUCCCACUGCCCAUUGGCACCAUCACCAUCCUUUUUAUUGACCUUGGCACAGACAUUAUCCCAUCUGUCUCACUGGCAUAUGAAAAAGCAGAAAGUGAUAUCAUGAAAAGGAAGCCACGACACAAGAAAAAGGAUAGGCUGGUCAACCAGGAGCUUGUCACAUACUCCUACUUGCAGAUUGGACUGUUGCAGACCAUUGGGGCCUUUCUGACCUACUUCACAGUUUAUGCUCAGCAGGGCUGGCUACCUCACACACUGCUCCACAUCCGAACCAGCUGGGAAGAUCCAUUUAUAAAUGACUUGGAAGACAGCUAUGGACAGGAAUGGACAUUCGACCAACGGCAAAUUUUGGAGUACCAUGGCUACACGGCCUUCUUUGUCAGUAUCACUAUUGAGCAAGUGGCAGAUCUGAUCAUCAGGAAGACGCGAAGGAACUCCAUUUUCCAGCAAGGGCUUUUCAGGAACAAAGUAAUCUGGGUUGGCAUAUUCUCCCAAAUAGGAAUCGCUGCAAUUCUCUGCUACGGUCUUGGAAGUGUUUAUGCCUUAAACUUUGCACCCCUCCGGUUUCAGUAUUGGUUUGUUGCUGUUCCUUUUGCCAUCUUGAUCUGGGUCUACGACGAAUUCCGCAAGCUGUUCAUCAGACGGUAUCCUGGAAGCUGGUGGGACAAAAACAUGUAUUAUUGAAAGCGUCUGUGCCACUCGUUUCUCCACCCUGGAGACUGCAGCUUGGUUAUCUCUUCUGGCAGCGGCUGCUUGAAGGUGCUUGCCUGUGCAAUAUCAACCAAGUGCGAAGGAAUCUCAUCAGAAUUGAGAGAGAGAAGUAGGAGAUCCGAAGUAGAUCUGAACUGUACUGUAAAAGCUUACCCUUGGGUUGCCAACUUGAAUGCUAUCUAUUUUUAUAACACCUAACCCCUUCUUGUUUAAAGUGUGCAACUGUCCGAAGGAAAGGAAACUCCCUUGUAUAUAGAAUGAAAGAAACCGCCCGUUUGUCACAGCAAUAAUAUAAAGGCGCUGUCUUGCACUAGGUUUCUUAAAAGUUGCAUUUUUGUUCAUACGAUGUCGCCUACAGCAAUCCAACUGUGAGCCUGCUGGUGCAGACCAGAGGUGGGGUUGCUGAGGUUUAUGCUGU